AUGUAUAGACAAAUACCUUUAUCUGUUGCGUUCAGUAGUGAAAACCCUGACGUCAAAAUAAAGGGGAACAGAGUAACGUUUAAGUUUCCAACAGACUGGAUUGUGAACAUAAAUGAAGAGAAGUACAUUGGCAUAACAUCUAUGUAUAUAACAUGUGCUUUCAGAAAGGUUGACUUUAUACUUCAAGUCGAGAUAGAAAAUGACGAACAGUCUUUAAGCGCCCAAAACAUUCACAUAUACAAAUACUUUAAAGACGAUACAACAUUGCUACAAUGUAUGAUUUCAUUUAAUGAGAUGUUCGAGAAAAAGUUUAACAUUGAAGUACAAACUUUACAGCCUUUACGUGAGUUUCUUGCACAACUGAAAGAAGAAGGUAGUCAGCCACAACUUAUAGACUUUCAUUAUGAAUUUAAUGAAAAUGAAGAUGGAACUCAUGACUGUCAGUUUAUUAUAUAUUCACCAUUCAAUGAAGUAGCUAAAAAGAAAGAAAAUCCAUUACGUAUAA